UCCCCACGUUUGCUGCCCUUCCCCCACACCCCAUGACAGACUGUCCUGAUAUAGAUGGACAGGGGACUGGUUUAAAAUGACAGUCUCGAGUUCUUUUAGGAAGAGAAGGCUAAUUCAAAGAAACAGUCAGACAAGCUUUCUUUCUCUUCAGAAGUCAUUGCCCUGCUCCUCCAUGGCCCAUCUGGGAGCCCAUUUUGCCUUUAGAUCCCGCUGGCAGAAGACCGAUGGUGAACUCUGCCGGCACAGCAUGUCCUUCAUCCUUCACCGAGCCAUUCGCAAUGACUUCUUUCAGAGCUACCUCUACCUGCUGGAGAAGAUUCCCCUGGUAAAGUUGUAUGCCUUAACAAGCCAAGUCAUCAAUGGAGAGAUGCAGUUCUAUGCUAGAGCUAAACUUUUCUAUCAAGAAGUGCCAGCCACAGAAGAAGGCAUGAUGGGGAACUUCAUUGAACUCUCCAGCCCAGAUAUCCAGGCCUCUCGGGAAUUUCUUAGGAAAUUUGUUGGGGGGCCCGGCAGAGCUGGAACCGGCUGCGCCCUGGACUGUGGCUCUGGGAUAGGAAGGGUGAGCAAGCACGUCUUGCUGCCGGUUUUCGACAGCGUGGAGCUGGUGGACAUGAUGGAGCCUUUCCUCCUUGAGGCCCAGAGCUACCUGCAGGUCAAAGCGGACAAGGUAGAGAGCUACCACUGCUACGGCCUGCAGGAGUUCACGCCCCCCUGCGGGAGAUACGACGUCAUCUGGAUCCAGUGGGUCUCAGGCUACCUGACUGACAAGGACCUUCUUGCAUUUCUUUCCCGAUGCCGAGAUGGCCUGAAAGAAAAUGGUGUCAUCAUACUGAAGGACAAUGUGGCCCGGGAGGGCUGUACCUUCGAUCUGUCUGACAGCAGUGUGACUCGGGACAUGGACAUCCUCUGGAGCCUCAUUAGGAAGAGUGGGCUGGCCGUGCUGGGCCAGGAGAAGCAAGAGGGCUUUCCGGAGCAGUGCGUGCCAGUGUGGAUGUUUGCACUGCACAACCACAGACACUCCUGAGCGGCAGUGGGGAUGAGCGCCUGCACUGGGCA